AUGCCAACAAAAGCGAAAGGCGAGACGUUGAGGGAGUUCAUCGUUGUCGGGCGCAAAGUGCCAUCUGAAAAGGAGCCCGUGACGCCAAUAUACAAAAUGCAGAUAUUUGCAAGCAACCACGUGAUCGCGAAAUCACGCUUCUGGUACUUCACCAGCAUGUUACGACGUCUGAAGAAGGCGCACGGGGAGAUUCUGCAGUGCAAAGAAAUUUUUGAAAAGAAGCCAGGAACGGUCAAAAAUUAUGGUAUCUGGCUGCGAUAUGAUUCACGUACGAACCAUCAUAACAUGUAUCGCGAAUAUCGAGACACUAGUGUGACCGGAGCUGUAACGCAAUGCUAUCGUGAUAUGGGUGCACGACACCGUGCGCAGGCUCACCGAAUCCAGGUCUUUUUUCAUCUUAUAUCCACAAGUACUGUACUUGAGACGGAGUACUCCAAUUUACAACGAGUGAUAACGGCGGCUGCUUCUUUCUGA